AUGAUUCACGAAGUCACAGAUCGCUUUGAGAGCCUGAUGGGAACCCUGGACUCUUCUGACACCCCGCCUGCUAAAGGCGCACACACGGACUGUUACCAGCACGCGCCGAGUAGCCCACAACCUCAGCGGUCCCGAAAACCAGGCGCGUCCGGGCGGCACUGGUUGGUUUGGUUGUCUGUCCCAUUCUGCUUUCUUCACCCUGUUCGCUUUGCUCUGUUAGGUUUUAGGGCUCAUGCGGUGGCAUGGUUUCACGGGAGCCAGGACAGAAGGCUCAGCGUUGGGAAGCGUGGUUUGUCUGAAGGCCCCUAA